AUGGCCAACACAACACUCAUCAUCAGCCUCCUUCCCUUUGUAGCAUUACUCUAUCUAGCAUUCUUCGAUUCCGAACGACAGCGGCCCAAGGGAACGAAGUACCCUCCUGGCCCUUCUCGCAAACCGUUGAUUGGGAAUCUACUUGAUAUCCCUCCUACACACUCCUGGCUCCAAUUCAAGAAAUGGUCAGAUCAAUACAAGACCAAGAUCCUCCGCCUCACCAUGGCAGGCCAGGAGCACUACAUCAUCUCGAGUGAGAGGGUCGCAAACGACCUGCUACGGGAGCGCGGUGCCAUCUACUCAAGCAGACCAGUGGCGCCUGCAAGCGCAGAGCUCCUCUCCAACAACCUACGACCGGUAUUGCUGCCAUACAACGAUCGGUCAGACACCUGGAGGAACGGCAGAAAGUUCAUGCACUCAGUGGCCAACGCCAAGGUAGCAAGCCAGUACCACGCAACCCAAGAGCUCGAAUCGACGCGAAUGAUAGUAGGCCUGAUCCGGGAACCGAGGAGAUAUGAGCACUGGUUGGAGCUGUACUCUGCAGCGGUAGUAUUCCGGCUGGCUUUUGGGAAACGGAUCGAGACCGGAGAGGAGGAAGUCGUCCGUAGGAUCAUGAAGGUCAACCAUACCCUGGAGAGAGUCGCCUCGCCUGGAGCCUAUCUGGUCGAUACCUUUCCCAUCCUGAUGAAGCUUCCGAAGUUCCUGGCGCCGUUCAAGAAAGAACUUCAGGAACUCCAUCGUGAAGAGCACUCGUUGUUCCGCGGCCUUCUCGAAGACGUUCGGGAGCGGAUGAAGAACGACUCCGCACCGAACUGUUGGGAGCGCGACUUCCUCGAGCAGCAGCAGAGUCUCGAUCUGACCAAUGACGAAGGAGCGUAUGUCGUCGGUACCUUGUUUGAAGCAGGAUCCGGGACCACGGCGGCCGCAAUGAUGUCGUUCAUGCUGGCUAUGGUCCUUCAUCCGGCUUGGUUCCGCAUGCUUCAGGCUGAAGUGGAUCAGAUCAGUGAGGAGCGGCUACCCACGCUUGACGACGUACCGCAGAUGCCUACGGUCCGAGCGGCAGUCAAAGAAACUUUGAGAUGGCAUCCAGUGACUUCAGGCGGCCUCCCACAUGUCUGCACCAAAGAUGACAUUUAUGAAGGCUUCUUCAUCCCCGCUGGGACCGUGGUGCAUCCGGUGCAAUGGGCAAUGCACCGCGAUCCAGAGCUGUACCCUGAUCCGGAGACCUACAACCCUCAGCGAUGGCUCGACCCUUCGUACCCGACGUACAAAGAGCCACUCACCGAGCAUCCGAAUCUCCACAAUUAUAGCACCUUCGGCUUUGGACGACGGAUAUGUCCCGGACAGAACAUUGCGGAGCGGAACCUGUACCUCCUCGCUGCGAGAAUCGCCUGGUCGGUCGAUCUCAUGAAGGCCAAGGAUGAAACCGGCAAGGAGAUAACUCCACCCUAUUACACAUACACCGCCGGCUUCAACAGUCAGCCGAAGCGCUUCCCUUUCGACGCCAAGGUCAGAAGUGCAAGCAGGCAGGCCAUCAUCGACGCGGAGAUGCAGAGGCAUGCGGAGAACGAUCCACUGAAAUGA